AAAACUUAAAUAAGAUAGGAUCGAUCAUUAUCUCUCUUGAUCGCAAUCGGGCACUCGAACUUCUCAAAGGUCAAAGAGCGGUAGACAUCCCGGUGAUCUGACUCUGCUUUGUAGCGUUUGUCGAAGCAUUCGGCCCCACAGACCACAGUUUACGGUAAUUUGAGGCAUAUCCCCGUGAUUGAACUGUAUUUCAUCUUCGAUUUCUAUUUUAUUGGGUAAACCCUGCUAGCUGACAGAUUUUGCCAUCAUACUUGCUUAUUGAGUCAUUCCGGAUAAACUCAGAGGUUUCAUUUUUAGUUAUUCCAUUGUGGGGAAAAUGCAUUCUGAGGAAAUUUUGAAGGCCGUCUUCCCGUUCUUGGAGGGAAUUGACCUUGCUAAGUGCAUGUUAGUUUGCAAACAGUGGCAUGAGAUUGCACAAGAAGAUUACCUCUGGAAGUGUCUAUGCGCAAAGAAGUGGCCAUCAUUAUGUAAACGCCCCUCCCCUCCCACUGUAACCUACUGCAAGUUAUUCCAGACAUGUCGCAAGCACCAAAAUCGUAAAGUCAUCCUCCCUCCUAGGUUGUCAUUUGAAGACUUGGAAUUCUACAUCGAUAUUUGGGCAGAAGACAAGAUAAUAUUCUCAGAAGUGGUGCCGGGACCCAUUCUACGGAGGGGGGCAUGGGUUCCACCACCCAAUGUUUGUGAUGUGCUAAGGUUUCAUUUGGAAGGGCCAGAAUAUAAGAUGACCCUUCCCGUGGAACCGAGGUUUACUGUUCCUUUGAGUCAGAAAAUCAGUGUUUCUGUUCUAGUUGGGAGAAAGGAUAAGAACAAAGUUGCUUGCAUUAUUAACAAAUCAGUUUUCGAUUAUGUGGACCGAACAGCAUACCGGGCUUUAGCAUAUGACUACCUCGAGUUCUCCUCUCCUGUUAGCUUAUUUGUAUCAGGCAUUCGGGCGUGGAUAUCAUUGCUUUUCAUGGACCAUGGUACAGAUGGGGUUUGUGACAUGGUUAUUGAUGUUUUCGGGAUUGAAAUGGAUUUCUGUGAUGCCGCCAAUUCAGAAGAAGAGGUUUUAUGGCUUCUUGACAUGCUAGAUUGGAAGUGAGCUAUGGCUGUCUGUUUUUCAUAUGAACCAUGGCUUUUACCCCCUUGAUUCCAACACGAUUGCUUGUAAAUAUCACAUAUGUUUGCUCUCUGUCAUUGUUGUUAUUAUGGGCUUUAACUGUGUACAAAAUGUGAAAACAAUUCUAUGUGGACUAGAUCAUGCAGUCCUAGUAUCUCUAGGCAAAGUGUAAUCUUGUUUGUUGUCGUAGACCCAUUUAUUUAUUAAUGAUGCAAUAAAAUUUCGAUUACUACUUGACAA